UGUUCUCCGCUAACAGAUUUAUUGGGUUUAAGUCCAUAUAAGACGAUGAGUUAAAUUACAAACCAUAUAGACUGUGUGCAACUAAAUAUGCAAGUACUAGUGGGACUGGAUGAGCAGUUUAGAAGUUUUUACCCGCACUCGAGCCGGUCUGCGCCAGGAACUCCGCUGUUCUCUUCAGCUGAACGACUUACUUCUAUAAACUCCGACUCUCUUACUCCUUACGCUUCGUUUCCAGACCAUAUUCCCCAAAAUUCCUCAGUCACUUAUGGAUGUAAUUUCGGAAACAUUUGUUAUUGCUGCAAAGUACCACAGAACGCUUUGUUUCCGCCUAGUUUUGUGAAACAAAGUGCGAAUGGACAGUCUGAACCCGUAGAUUAUGAUGCCUCCAGAUGGCUUAAGGAGUUCGCUCUCUACCAAGGUCAUUCCUACCCAAGAAUCCCUGCCUGUAUUGAUUUACCUAUAGUUCAUGCAGGAGAUCACACACAUGAGACUGGUUGGACAAUGGAAGACCACCAACCAUGGGACUGGUCAAACAACUGCAGCAGGAGUCAACUUUAUUACUGCAAAGACCAGACGCAGAGCCCGCAUAUCUGGAAACCAUCAUUGUCAGAGGGAAGAGUUUCGUCCUGUCAGCGCGGGAGAAAGAAACGUGUUCCUUACACAAAACUGCAGCUGAAAGAACUCGAGCGGGAAUUCACCAACACUAAGUUCAUUACUAAAGAGAAGAAACGGAGGAUCUCUGCUUCUACCAAUCUGUCAGAAAGACAAGUCACGAUAUGGUUUCAAAACCGUCGAGUCAAGGAUAAGAGGAAACCUAACAAAGACCUUCAACGCUUUUAACAUUAAAAGCGCUAUAUAAAUGAAGAUGACUGACCUAAAAUAAUUUUAAUCCUGUUAAAGAUUAAUUUAUACAAUUGCUGAUAGGCUAGACGAGCUCUUUGUCCUCUUUAGUGAUGGCUAUAAAUAUUAUCUUUUUCAAAUAUUUAUAGUACUUAAAGUGGCAGCUCAGAUGUCCAGCUUUGAGUUUUGAGAUUGUCAUUGUAUUUCAGUAGUGUCAGAUAAAAACAAAUCUUAUUUUUCAAAAUAAUUGAAAUAUUGUUAAACCAUUUUUUGUCAUUUUGUAGCAGUAUAGCCUGCUUUCUAUAUCCCAGACCACUGUUCUUUCCAUGCUGUCAAAAUGUGCAAAUUGUGUACCAUAUUUGUUUAUAUUAGGCUACCAGAGUUGUA